UUUUUUGCUGCUGGAAUAGCCCGCUGCACGCUGAAAGAGAAAACGAAAUCUCAGUUUAAAGCUCCAACAGUCUCGUGCACAACAUUCGGUUGUCUGAGUAGGAGGCACCACGCUGAUGAAAAAGGGGGUCUCGAGAUAAAGGUUCUCCAUUCACACACGUAUUUUUCCUGGAAAGCAAAAGCUAUAUUUUUUAAAGCGUGCAGCUACACAGAAUAGUGGACAUGGAGAAAGGACUUUGAAAAUGAGUGGAAGACGGUAACGACGAUUUUAACGGUGUGUGGUUUAGCUAGUUCUUUACGAAGUGAGGAAUGCUAUCUGAUCUCCCGCAUCAAUGUUUCACUGGGGCAAGUGGAAAAAAAGGAUGGGAGCGAAUAGUUCUUCCAAAAGGCCAGUCUUUGAUGAAAAGGAGGAUGAUGCUCGGAUGCCCAGUGCAAGUGAAACAGACACUGGGCAGAGCAUGAGCAAAGAGCUCACACAACAGUACCUUUCUCCUGCUUCUUUAGUGAAUUUCGACCAUUUCCAAAUACUGCGAGCUAUUGGAAAGGGAAGCUUUGGCAAGGUCUGUAUUGUACAGAAGAAGGACACAGAGAAGAUGUACGCCAUGAAGUAUAUGAACAAACAACAGUGCAUUGAGAGAGACGAGGUCCGAAACGUCUUUAGAGAGCUAGAGAUUCUUCAGGAAAUUGAACAUGUAUUUUUAGUAAAUCUCUGGUACUCAUUCCAGGAUGAGGAAGACAUGUUCAUGGUGGUGGACUUGCUCUUGGGUGGAGAUCUUCGUUACCAUUUACAGCAGAAUGUUCAGUUCACAGAAGAGGCGGUGAAGGUGUACAUUUGUGAAAUGACCUUGGCACUAGACUACCUACAGAGUCAGCACAUUAUUCACAGAGAUAUCAAGCCUGACAAUAUCCUCCUUGAUGAAAAAGGACACGCACAUCUCACCGAUUUUAAUAUAGCAACCAUAAUAAAAGAUGGGGAAAGAGCUACUGCAUUAGCUGGAACAAAACCUUACAUGGCACCAGAAAUUUUCCACUCGUUUGUAAAUGGAGGGACAGGAUAUGCCUUUGAAGUGGAUUGGUGGUCCCUUGGAGUGACAGCUUAUGAAGUUCUUCGAGGAUGGAGACCUUAUGACAUUCAUUCCAGCAACACUGUUGAAUCCUUACUACAGUUAUUCAGUACUGUGAGUGUGCAGUACUCUUCUGCCUGGUCUAAGGAAAUGGUAGCUCUGUUGAGGAAGUUAUUAACUGUCAAUCCUGAACAUCGCUUCUCCAGCCUAGCAGAUAUGCAGACCUCCCCCUACCUGUCUGACGUGGAUUGGGAUGCUAUUACAGAAAAAAAGGAAGACGCUGGAUUUGUUCCAAAUAAAGGCCGUUUGCAUUGUGAUCCAACCUUUGAACUUGAAGAAAUGAUCCUGGAGUCAAGGCCGCUUCACAAGAAGAAAAAGAGGCUAGCAAAGAAUAAAUCUAGAGACAACAGCAAGGACAGCUCCCAAUCAGAAAACGAAUAUCUUCAGGAAUGCCUUGAAGUUGUUCAGCAAGAAUUUAUGAUCUUUAACAGAGAAAAGUUGAAGAAAAGACAGGAAGAGCUAAGCCGUUCUGAAAGCCAAGCAGAAAUUGAACCUGAAGGUGAAGGUGAAGGUGAAAGUGAAGCUGUAACAGAAGGAGAAGCUGAUGUGGAAACUAUAGAAGAAACAGAAGCUGAAACCGAAGCAAAAGCAUAUGUAGAAGACGACCCUGAAGCAGAGAGCUCCACCGUGAACAUGUGCACUUCGGUUUGUUCAUCAACAAGCAGCAGCUAAAGUCUGAUUCUUUACAAGAGGAGUGACAGGCACUCUGAAUCUCAGUUAUUAUCUAAUGCUGCUUACACCUUUUUAUUUCAUGUAGAUUCAUCCAUGAUAUGCUGUGAUGGAAACCACAGCUUUUAAUGUGGUUCUGAGAGAAAGUGUUAGCGUGACCUAGAAUCUGUGACUUUAACAGCAAGGACAUUAUAAGAUAGGAACCCUGUCAACAGAGUAGCAAUGAGUGAAGAAAUACAGUACAGUCAUGAGCUGUUCUUUUAGGUUUUUAUCUGUAACUCUCAGGAUACUCUUUGAGAAUAAAUUACCCUGAAACACCAUUCCCUUA